AUGGUGAGACACCAGCCCCUGCAGUACUAUGAGCCGCAGCUGUGCCUCUCCUGCCUCACAGGAAUCUAUGGCUGCCGCUGGAAGCGCUACCAACGCUCCCAUGAUGACACCACACCGUGGGAACGCCUCUGGUUCUUGCUCCUCACCUUCACCUUUGGGCUCACACUUACCUGGCUCUACUUCUGGUGGGAAGUCCACAAUGACUAUGAUGAAUUCAACUGGUACCUCUACAACCGCAUGGGCUACUGGAGCGAUUGGUCCGUGCCCAUCCUUGUGACCACAGCUGCCGCUUUCACUUACAUUGCAGGCCUCGUGAUCCUGGCGCUAUGUCACAUCCUCGUGGGGCAGCAGAUGAACCUGCACUGGCUACACAAGAUGGGGCUGGUGGUCAUCCUGGUCUCCACGGUGGUGGCCAUGUCGGCUGUGGCCCAGCUAUGGGAGGAUGAGUGGGAGGUGCUGCUGAUCUCCCUGCAGGGCACAGCACCGUUCCUGCACUUGGGGGCCCUGGCUGCCAUCACUGCCCUCUCGUGGAUCGUGGCUGGACAGUUUGCCCGUGCAGAGCGGUCUUCCUCCCAGACAGCCAUUCUCUGCACCUUCUUCACUGUGGUAUUUGCCCUCUACCUGGCCCCACUCUCCAUCUCUUCUCCCUGCAUCAUGGAGAAAAAGGACCUGGGCCCCAAGCCUGCCCUCAUUGGCCACCGCGGGGCCCCGAUGCUGGCCCCAGAGCACACACUAAUGUCCUUCCAGAAGGCCAUAGAGCAGAAGCUGUACGGGCUUCAGGCUGACGUCACCAUCAGCCUGGAUGGUGUGCCCUUCCUGCUGCACGAUACCACCCUGCGGCGCACCACCAACGUGGAAGAGGAGCUUCCUGAGCUCGCUAGCAGGCCCGCCUCCAUGCUCAACUGGACCAUCCUACAGAGGCUCAACGCUGGCCAGUGGUUCCUGAAGACUGACCCCUUCUGGACAGCUGGCUCCCUGUCACCUGCUGACCAUAGGGAGGCCCAGAACCAGUCCAUUUGCAGCCUGGCAGAGCUCCUGGAGCUGGCCAAAGGCAACACCUCACUGCUGCUCAACCUGCGUGACCCGCCACAGGAGCACCCCUAUCGUGCCAGCUUCCUCAACAUCACACUGGAGGCUGUGCUGCACUCUGGCUUCCCACAGCACCAGGUUAUGUGGCUGCCCAGCAGCCAGAGGCCCCUGGUACGGAAGGUGGCUCCCGGCUUCCAGCAGACAUCAGGCUCCAAGGAAGCAUCAGCCAGUCUAUGGCGGGGCCACAUCCAGUGGCUGAACCUGCGAUACACUCAGGUGUCCCACCAGGAGCUCAGGGACUACGCAUCCUGGAACCUGAGUGUGAAUCUCUACACUGUCAACGAUCGGUGGCUCUUCUCCCUGCUGUGGUGUGCUGGGGUCCCAUCGGUGACCUCUGACAAUGCCCACACCCUAUCCCAGGUGCCUUCUCCCAUAUGGAUCAUGCCCCCGGACGAGUACUGUCUCAUGUGGGUCACCGCUGACCUGAUCUCCUUCACCCUCAUCGUUGGCAUCUUCGUGUUUCAGAAGUGGCGCUUGGGUGGCAUAAGGAGCUACAACCCUGAACAGAUUAUGCUGAGCGCUGCUGUGCGCCGGACCAGCCGGGAUGUCAGCAUCAUGAAGGAGAAGCUCAUCUUCUCAGAGAUCAGCGAUGGUGUGGAGGUCUCCGAUGAGCUCUCCGUAUGUUCAGACAACAGUUAUGACACUUAUGCCAACACCACCACCACUCCUAUGGACCGCCGAGGGGGCAGCAGCCAUGCCAAGACCCUCACAGACAGGAGUGGGCAUUAG